AUGACAGCUCCCACUGAUGCGGUCGCCUCACCCGCGGCCCCUCACGAACCCCCAUACACGUAUACUGCCAACGACGGCUACGGCAAGACUGAAGAUAUCCCCGCCGAACUGCGCACACGACAGGAUGCCCCGCCAUCUGCAGAAAACGACGACGAUCUCGAUGACAUCUUUCAAGACGACGACGAUGACGGCGGCGCCGACGAUUUAGAAAACGGUGACUGGGAUGGAGGCUCAGGCGACCUGACCAAGUCCUUCAACCGCCAGCGACAGCAAAAUGCAAAUGGCGGCGGUGCGUCUGUCGCGCGCGGUAACCAGCAAAAGCCCUCAGCCAACACCUUUGCCAGCGUCGACGACCAGGUCUCGGCCCUCUCCAAGCACGCCGGCAAGAUUCGCCUGGACGAUGUCAAGCAGAGCGAGGAUAAGACCAAGGAUAAGGCCGACCGCGCCACCAGCGAGCAGGUGCUCGACCAGCGCACACGCAUGAUCCUUCUGCAAAUGAUCAACCGCGGCUUCGUCAGCGAGGUCCAUGGCGCCAUCAGUACCGGCAAGGAGGCCAACGUCUACGGUGCCGUCCUCGUCGACGACGAGACGGGCGCGCCCACGCACCGCGCCAUCAAGGUCUACAAGACGGCCAUUCUCGUCUUCAAGGACCGCGAGCGCUACAUCACCGGCGAGCACCGCUUCAAGGGCGGCUUCGACAAGGGCAACAACCGCAAGAUGGUCAAGCUCUGGGCCGAAAAGGAGUACCGCAACCUGCGCCGCAUCCACACCGCCGGCAUCCCCUGCCCCGAACCCCUCGCCCUCAAGCUGCACGUCCUCGUCAUGGGCUUCCUCGGCGACCGCAAGGGCUGGGCCUACCCGCGCCUGCGCGAUGCCGCGCUCCAGGGCGACGACAUCGACGACCAGUGGCGCAAGCUCUACGUUCAGCUCCUCGGCCUCAUGCGCAAAAUGUACCAGGUCUGCCGUCUCGUGCACGCCGAUCUCAGCGAGUACAACAUCCUCUACCACAACGAGCAGCUAUACAUCAUCGACGUGUCGCAGAGCGUCGAGCCCGACCACCCGCGCUCGCUCGAGUUUCUGCGCAUGGAUAUAAAGAAUGUCGGCGACUUUUUCCGCCGCAAGGGCGUCGACACCCUCGCCGACCGUGCCAUCUUCAACUUCAUCACCGCCGCCAGCGGUGCCACCGAGGAACCCGCCAUGGCCGAGGCCAUUGAGAAGCUGUACGAGUCCAACGUGGCCGCCGAGGACGAGGACCACGCCGCGCAGAUUGAGGUCGACAACGAAGUCUUCCGCAACCAGUACAUCCCGCAGACGUUGGAGCAGGUCUACGAUAUUGAAAAGGACGCCGCCAAGGUCCACAUGGGCCAAGGCCAGGACCUCAUCUACAGCAACCUGCUCGCCGAGCAGGUCGUCAAGGACAAGAACGGCGCUACGGAAGGCGGUGCCGAGGCGGAUGCCAGUGGCUCGCAAGACGACUCGGAUGAUUCCUCGGGCGACGGCGCCGCGCUCCAUAGCGGCGACGAGGACGACGAUGAGAGCCGAUUCGAAAAGGGAACGCCUCGCGGCCGCCGCUUCGAGGACAAGGACGAGAAGCGCCAGCACAAGCAGGCCGUCAAGGAGGCUAAGCGCGAGAAGCGCAAGGAAAAGAUUCCCAAGCACCUGAAGAAGCAAAUGGUCUCCAGCACUUCUCGAAAGAAGAAAUAA